CGUCCCUUGCCGCUCCCAAGAUGGCGCCGUGGCGGUGACCGGCCGGAAGCGGGCUGUGCAAGCGGGGUUCCUCUGUGGAGCUCGGCCGCGGCGCUCCGCGGCACGAUGAUCCCCACCGAGGAGAUGUCGGCCCGCAGGAGGGAGAUCGAGGACAAGCUGAAGCAGGAAGAAGAAACUCUGUCCUUUAUCAAAGAGAGUCUUGAGAAGAGCGACCAGCUCACAAAGAACAUGGUUUCUAUCCUUUCCUCCUUUGAAAGUCGUUUGAUGAAGCUGGAGAACUCGAUCAUCCCUGUCCAUAAACAGACAGAGAAUCUACAGCGCUUGCAGGAGAACGUGGAGAAAACCUUGUCCUGCUUGGAUCACGUCAUCAGUUACUACCAUGUGGCUAAGGACACAGAGAAGAUCAUAAAGGAAGGCCCCACUGGGAGGCUGGAGGAGUACUUGAAUUGCAUGGACAAAAUCCAGAAAGCAGUGGAAUACUUCCAGGACAACAAUCCAGACAGCCCGGAGCUGAACCGUGUGAAAUCCCUCUUUGAGAGGGGAAAGGAGUCCUUGGAAUCAGAGUUCCGCAGCUUGAUGACACGGCACACCAAACCUGUCCCACCCAUCCUCAUCCUGGACCUGAUCAGUGGGGAAGAUGAAAUGGACACGCAGGAGGAGAUGUCACUGGAGCACCUCCCAGAGAGCGUCCUGCACGACGUCAUCCGCAUUUCUGGCUGGCUGGUGGAAAAUGGCAGGAAUCAAGAUUUCAUGACAGUGUACUUCCAAAUCCGUUCAGUCCAGCUCGACCGCUCCAUCAAGGGGCUGAAAGACCACUUCCGUAAGAACAGCUCUUCUACAGGGGUCCCCUAUUCCCCUGCCAUCCAGAACAAAAGGAAGGACACUCCCACCAAAAAGCCAAUCAAGAGACCAGUGCUCAUCCCAGGCACGAUCCGUAAGGCUCAGAACCUUCUGAAACAGUACUCUCAGCAUGGUCUAGAUGGGAAAAAGGGGGCCUCUAACCUCAUUCCUAUGGAAGGUCAUGAGCAUGACUUACGAGUUAAACACCUUUCCGAUACCCUGAGCGACAAGCAUGGGCCGGUUGCUGGGAGGGAUGAUGUGUUCGACAUCGAGAUCGAUGCGUAUAUUCACUGUGUGAGUGCCUUUGUCAAACUGGCCCAGAGUGAGUACCAGCUCCUGACAGAAAUCGUCCCAGAGCACCACCAGAAGAAGACUUUUGAUUCCCUCAUCCAGGAGUCAUUAGAUAACUUGAUCAUGGAGGGCGAUAACAUUGUCUCAGCAGCCCGGAAAGCCAUCAUCCGACACGACUAUUCAGCUGUGCUCACCAUCUUCCCCAUCCUCAAGCACCUGAAGCAGAUGAAGCCAGAAUUUGACCAGGUCUUGCAGGGAACUGCAGCAGGCACAAAGAACAAACUGCCAGGGCUGAUCACUUCCAUGGAGACAACUGGUGCGAAGGCACUGGAAGAGUUUGCUGACAACAUUAAGAAUGAUCCAGACAAGGAAUAUAACAUGCCAAAAGAUGGGACAGUUCACGAACUCACCAGCAACGCCAUCCUUUUCCUACAGCAAUUGUUGGAUUUCCAGGAGACAGCAGGUGCCAUGCUGGCAUCUCAAGAGACCAGCUCUUCAGCUAGUAGUUACAGUUCGGAGUUCAGCAGGCGGCUGCUGAGUACCUACAUCUGCAAAGUGCUGGGCAACUUGCAGCUUAACCUUCUUAGUAAAUCCAAGGUUUAUGAAGACCCAGCUUUGAGUGCCAUUUUUCUGCACAACAACUACAACUACAUUCUGAAAUCUCUGGAGAAGUCUGAGCUGAUCCAGUUGGUAGCUGUGACACAGAAGACAGCUGAGAGAUCUUACAGGGAGCUCAUUGAACAGCAGAUCCAGACCUACCAGCGCAGCUGGUUAAAGGUGACUGAUUACAUCUCAGAGAGAAAUCUGCCUGUCUUUCAACCAGGAGUGAAGCUCAAGGAUAAGGAGAGGCAGAUGAUCAAGGAGCGCUUUAAGGGCUUUAAUGAUGGGCUGGAGGAGCUGUGCAAGAUCCAGAAAGCCUGGGCAAUCCCAGACGUGGAGCAACGGGACAAAAUUCGGCGGGCACAGAAAACCAUUGUGAAAGAGUCCUAUGGUGCCUUCCUGAGCAGGUAUAGCAAUGUGCCCUUCACCAAGAACCCUGAGAAGUACAUCAAAUACCAGGUCGACCAGGUGGGAGAGAUGAUUGAAAAGCUGUUUGACACAUCAGCAUAAACCCACAACUUGUACUCUUCAGCUGCCAAGUACAAGUCAGUGCUCUUUCAGCAACCUUUGUGACUCCCUUCCCCUCUCCCCUGCCCCAUUGUUGUGGGCAGGGUGUUAUACUUGUAUUUAUCAGAUUUAUAAAGCUGUGGACACACAA